UCACAGUCUUCGCUGGUUGUGAAUUUCGAGUCGGAGGACACGUUCAUUGACCCUGAAGGCAGCGCUCGCAGCAGUGGAAGCGUAUACAAUUUCUAGAUUUUGAGAAGCACUGUUUUCUGCUACAUUUCAAGUGGCUUGCAGAUCCGUGGUGGUAUGAACUUGGGGAACGUGAAGUCCUAUCUCGAUACUGGGGCGAGUCAUGUGUUGUCACCUCGGUAAGUGUUUUACAUCAGUCUUGGAAUUUAACUCUUAACAUUGUGUGUGUGAGACUAAGUCUUGCUCUGGCAUUCUCUCGUGAGCAAGGAGCGCGAUGCAAUCGUCUGGAUGGCAAUGGUGCCAGCUUUUGCUCACAAGGGACUCCUCUUGGAAACUUGAGUUUGGUGCCCGGAAGAGGCUCAUCGCUUCUUGGAGGUGGCCAAUUCCAGAGAUAGGCCGAGAGGAGCACUGUGCGCGCCAUCUUGCUCUUGUAAGGCAUUCGAUCGUAAAUAAACUUUGCAUUUUCAAGAUGGUUUCUAGAGGUGAGCAUAUGGAUCAUUGUUGCCCAAGAGAUGAGCCAUCUUUAGGAAGGAAUCUAGUGCCUCGUCCAAAUGCCCAUUCGAGGCAUAUGCGGCAAGCAUGGAGUUCCAAGCCACCACGUGCCUCUCAAACAAACAUUUAGCCUCCUCCAAGCAGCCAUGAGGUGCAUAGCCGUCGAUCAUAGCCGUAAACGCCACCUCAUUAAGAUCCGGGGCAUCUUCAAAGAGAUUCUUUGCUUGCUCCAUAUGCCCGGCGUUCAAAGAGAUCUUUGGCUUCAUCCAGCCGCCGGUUCUGGCAGUGGCCUUGGAUCAUGGCCGUCCACGGCGCGUGAGAGAUGCCCGUUAUGGGCAUAUGGCACGAUCAUGGCCGUGCUAGAAACCAGGGUUUGCUCCGGCAUGGAGUGGAAUACCGCCUCCGCCUCGCCGAGAUUGCCACUCGGCGAGUACAUCUGGAUCAUCGCGUUCCAGGUGAUGGAAUUCUUUGCAGGGAUGCGAUCGAAGAGCUGCUUGGCGCGCUGCACGUCCCCGGCCGCGGCGUAUGGGCGUUGCCGCGGUAUGCUUUCCAGGACCGAUCGCGCCUGCUUCAGGUCGUGGUUGCGAAUGUAGGCCUGGAGGGUGAGAUUCCAAGAGAAGAGAUUGGGAUCCGAGGUAGAAUCGAAGACCGAUCGCGCUUCCUCCAGGCAGCCGCAGCGGCCAUACAUCUGGACGAGGAGAUUUCGCAGGAAGACGCUGUUCUUGUGGUCGCUGUGAAGGAUCUGGGCGAUGGAUCCGGCGGCCAUUGUCGCAAGAUGUGACGAGGGCGGCAAGCUCUUAUGCGCAUCGCAUCAUGGCCGUUGGAUGAUGGGGACGUCCGAGGUUCAAGUCCUGGCAGGUUCUAGCUUCCAUGGUCCAGCCACGAUGUUUUUCAUGGCACGCGGCGAGAACUCAUCCCCCAUCGCUCAGCUGCACUCCAAAUGCCGGGCGCGCUCGUCAACGACACAAUUAACUUCCUGGACACAAGUGGAAGAGAGCAGGCUGGUUUUCCGGGCGAUGGAUCAAAAGGAUAUCAUCUCCUAGUGUCUUGGCGCAGCUUACGUUUGGGUUGAGCGUCUCAGCGGCAGUGCAAGAUCCAUCCUAUCCGGUAAGCUCUUAUUCCGUUUGCUCUCUUCUUGUUUCUUCUUUUCCAGUUGUGAGUUUUCGAUUAUGUUGACACGGUUGUGAUGAUCGGACAAGCCAGCACUUUCCAAAAGGACAGCACUAUCCAUACUUAUGGAAACAUCGUCUACAUGAAAUGCACAUCUACUAUACGAUCUACAUCUCGGACGUCUGUCCUAAGUCCAUCUACAGGUGGCCAUAGAGACUGGAACCCUCCAAAUACGCUGCGUUCUAGCUGAUAGUCGUCAGCUGCUCUAUACCGAUGGCUUUCCAGUAAGAAACGUGUUUAACCGUGUUA